CGGGUUCUUCCCACUUCCGCCGCUCCAGCUACCUUCGGGGCUCCGGUCUGAGUUUCAGCUUGUGCAGAACCUGUGCUGCCGCUGCCGCCGUCGCCGCCGCCGCCGCCGCCGAGAUGCCGCUGGAGAACCUGGAGGAGGAGGGUCUUCCCAAGAACCCGGACCUGCGCAUCGCGCAGCUGCGCUUCCUGCUCAGCCUUCCGGAGCACCGCGGGGACGCCGCUGUGCGCGAGGAGCUGAUGGCAGCCGUCCGUGAUAACAACAUGGCUCCUUAUUAUGAAGCUUUGUGCAAAUCCCUUGACUGGCAGAUGGACGUGGACCUGCUCAAUAAAAUGAAGAAAGCAAAUGAAGAUGAGUUGAAACGUUUGGACGAGGAGCUGGAAGAUGCAGAGAAGAAUCUGGGAGAGAGCGAAAUCCGAGACGCGAUGAUGGCAAAGGCUGAGUACCUCUGCCGCAUCGGUGACAAGGAGGGUGCUCUGACAGCCUUUCGCAAGACAUACGACAAAACCGUGGCCCUGGGUCACCGACUGGAUAUUGUGUUCUAUCUCCUUAGGAUUGGCUUGUUUUACAUGGAUAAUGACCUCAUCACACGGAACACAGAGAAGGCCAAAAGCUUAAUAGAGGAAGGAGGAGACUGGGACCGGAGAAACCGCCUAAAAGUAUAUCAGGGCCUUUACUGUGUGGCUAUUCGUGAUUUCAAACAGGCAGCCGAACUCUUCCUUGACACAGUUUCAACAUUUACAUCCUAUGAACUCAUGGACUAUAAAACCUUUGUGACUUACACUGUUUAUGUCAGCAUGAUAGCCUUAGAAAGACCAGAUCUCAGGGAAAAGGUAAUUAAGGGAGCAGAGAUUCUUGAAGUGCUGCACAGUCUUCCAGCAGUUCGGCAAUAUCUGUUUUCACUCUAUGAAUGCCGUUACUCAGUUUUCUUCCAGUCAUUAGCUGUUGUGGAACAGGAAAUGAAAAAGGACUGGCUUUUUGCUCCUCAUUAUCGAUACUAUGUAAGAGAAAUGAGGAUUCAUGCCUACAGCCAGCUGCUGGAAUCAUACAGGUCAUUAACCCUUGGCUACAUGGCAGAAGCCUUUGGUGUUGGUGUGGAGUUCAUUGAUCAGGAACUCUCCAGAUUUAUUGCUGCUGGGAGGCUACACUGCAAAAUAGAUAAAGUGAAUGAAAUAGUGGAAACUAACAGACCUGAUAGCAAGAACUGGCAGUACCAAGAAACUAUCAAGAAAGGAGAUCUGCUAUUAAACAGAGUUCAGAAACUUUCCAGAGUAAUUAACAUGUAAAACCACGUUCACAAAGAAUUUCCUUUAGAGUAAUUAUUCGGAAUUUUUAUAGCUUACUUUACUAUGUGCCCAGUUCAGCUGUAUAAAAUAAAUACUGCAUUGUUGUUUCUUUCA